UGGACAUUCCGAGGAAGUCCCUGUGAGUUCUCUGUCCUUUUUCCUGUUGUGAGAGUUUCUUUCUCCUCGGCUUCAAUCCCCGCCCUUUCCCCUCAAUGUAUAUUCUGUACCUUUGUCCCCAGAGAUGAUAGACUGACCGUGCCGGACUGGUUUCUUUUGCUCCAGGGCUUGUCGUCGUCGGGAUUGAGUCUGAGUGAAUCCAUAUUGGAGUACCGGAUGGAGAACGGGAGAACGUAUCAUCGAUACAAGGACGGCAAAUACACUCUUCCAAACGAUCAGGCUGAGCAGGAGAGGUUAGACCUCCAGCACAACGUCUUCCUCCUUACGUUUGACAAUAGGCUCGGCCUCGCGCCGCCAUGCCAAAAAGGGGCUGAAGUCCCCGGUAGGGUCCUUGAUGUUGGGACGGGGACGGGGAUCUGGGCUAUUGAUUUUGGUGAUGAGCAUCCCGAGGCUGAGGUCCUUGGGAUUGAUCUUUCUCCUAAUCAACCUACGUUCCUACCGCCAAACGUUGACUUUGAAAUCGAUGACAUUGAAGAGGGAUGGGUGUUUGACGAGCCGUUUGACUACAUCCACAGCCGCCUCAUGACCUCCAGCAUCGCAGACUGGAAGGAGUACCUGAAGAAUUGUUACGACAACCUCACACCAGGAGGUUACCUCGAACUCCAAGAAGUCGACGUAGGCCCCUCCAGCGACGACGGCACCCUCGACCCCACGACCUCGGCACUGGCACGGUACUGCGCACUCCUGCAGGACGCCUCGGUGAAGCUGGGCCGUCCAUACCAGGAUAUUCCCACCCUGGCCGACGUGAUGCGCGAUCCUGAGGUCGGGUUCGUGGACGUUGAGGUCCGCGCGUUCAAGUGGCCUACCAACGGGUGGCCAACGGCGGAUACGGAGGAAGGGAGGAGGUUGAGGGAGUUGGGGGUGUGGAGCGGGCAGAAUAUUAUGGCUGGGCUGGAAGGGUUCGCGAUGGCGCCGUUUACGAGGGCGUUUGGAUGGUCCAAGGAGGAUGUUGAUGCGUUUUUGGUGGAUGUGAAGAGGGAGAUGAGGGAUGAGAGUAUUCAUGCUUAUGGGCUUGUGUAUUCCAUCGUGGGCAAGAAGCCUUUGGAGUAAGGACUAUCAGGCAUUGAUGAGGCCGCAGAAUAGAAUGAGAUCCGAAUCACAUAGUAAUGAGUGGGGAUAGCAUUGGCGAAAGAGUCUAGGAGGCACCGUUGCACUAGAAGGCUGGUCUUUAGGUCUCAGAUAUAUUUAAUGUGUUUGAGGACGUUUCUCACAAUUUGACGAAACUACACAUAUGCAUGUAUCCUCACACCGGAUCUCAAUCUCAUAGAGCAUCUCUGCUACG